GCGAGAGCGAGAGAGGUGUGCGGCACCGAGGAGUUCAUACAAUACUACAGAGACAUCUUCAGCUUAGCAGACAGAUACGGCGAACCGCCUCUACCGGCUCCUGUAAGUGAUGCUGCACCGAGGCGCACUUUGAUCCAACUCCACUGGGGGGACGAUGCGCUCUCUACAUCACUCCUUUAAGACUUUUUUGGUGGGGAGGAGUGUGCAUAACCGUGAAUCAGUCCCAAACAAGCGCCUGUGAAUUAAAAUUAGGCUGUCAGUUUGCCUUCGGCGGUGCGUUAUUAUUUUUUUCUUUUGCGCGCUUGGAUUGAAGUUUUACGCGCGGGCAGAACGCGGUAACGCACACGUGUGCGGUGCCGCAGAUUGGUGCUUCUGAUAGAAUAAAGUAGGAAUUUUAAUGCACACGUGAAAUAGGCAUUCUAAGUUAGCCGAUCAUUGCGUGUGUCCACCCGUGGGAUUGCACUGUUGCGAACCGAAGACAUCCGAAGAGGAAUUACAGCAUCUUUUUUUUUUUUUUAACUUGAUCGCUGAUGAUUUUUUUCCUUGCACAUUUCUCUUUUUUAUUUAGCGGAUGGAUAAGUUUUUGAGGUGGAUAACAUUUUUCUUUCCUGGUAUUUUGCUUCUGAUGAGGAUCCGCUCUCCUCCCGCACAUCACUUUCAUUCAUGGCACUUCUGUUUUUGUAAAUCACUGUCUCUACUUGACGGGACCCGCGGUUGAUUUUUCACCCUGUUCCAGUGGAACCAAAAAAAAAAAAGAUUUGCUGCUGUAGAGCUGACGCUCCUAUCAAUACUUUAAGCAUGGACUUAGCAAGUCAGGCUCAUGUGUUGGUGGUCUUGUUCACCUGUGUGGCCUUACUCUGCCGGGCCCAGGAGAGGGACUACACGGUGAAAGAGGAGCAGCCAGAAAACGUCCGCAUCGGGAACCUGCGCAGAGACCUGGACCUCAACCUUGACCCCAGCAUCAGGCUAUCCUCGCCGUUGCAGUUCAAACCUGUCUACAAGACAGGUGAUGUGCCUUUGGUGAGGGUGGAGGCCAACACUGGAGAGAUCUUUACCACCAGUCACAGAAUUGACCGUGAGAAGCUGUGCUCGGGGGUCUUUGCAGAGAAGCGCUGCUACUACGAGAUUGAGGUGGCCGUGCUGCCUGAUGAGAUUUUCCGAUUGGUUAAGAUUCGCUUCCUGAUUGAGGAUGUGAAUGACAACGCACCCCUUUUCCAGUCCACUGUUAUAAACAUCUCUAUCCCAGAGAACACGGCCAUCAACACUCGAUACCCGGUGCCAUCAGCAUUUGACCCUGAUGUUGGGAUCAAUGGGAUCCAGCAUUACGAACUGGUCAAGAGCGUUGGCGAGUUUGGUUUAGACAUCAUUGAGACUCCUGAGGGUGACAAAUGGCCACAGCUCAUUGUUCAGCAGAACCUGGAUCGUGAGCAGAAGGAUACUUUUGUGAUGAAAAUCAAGGUGGAGGAUGGUGGCAACCCUCCCAAAUCCAGCACUGCCAUUCUCCAAGUCACCAUCUCUGACGUCAAUGACAAUCGUCCAGUUUUCAAGGACAGUGAACUUGAAGUUGCUGUGGCAGAGAACUCACCCAUGGGCACCUCAGUCGCUCAGCUUCAUGCCACAGAUGCAGACCUGGGUUCAAAUGCACAGAUCCACUUUUCCUUCAGCAACCAGAUCUCUGCCUCAACCAAACGUCACUUUGCAAUCGAUGGCUCUACAGGAUUGAUCACUGUGAAGCAGCCACUGGACAGGGAAGUGACGCCAGUUCAUAAGCUCAUUGUGCUGGCCAGCGAUGGCAGCUCCACCCCUUCCAGAGCCACAGUGAUUGUUAAUGUAACAGAUGUUAAUGACAAUGUACCCUCCAUAGACACUCGCUACAUAAUCAACCUGGUUAAUGGGACUGUUCUGCUGUCUGAGAAUGCACCUCUCAACACCAAAAUCGCCCUCAUUACAGUCACUGAUAAGGAUGCAGAUCUUUACGGAAAAGUAGCCUGCUACACUGACCAUGAUGUCCCUUUUCGGUUGAAGCCUGUCUUUAAUGAUCAGUUCUUACUAGAGACGGCUGCACCCCUCGAUUACGAAACGACUCGAGAAUAUGCAAUUAAGAUAGUGGCCUCGGAUAGGGGGACGCCUCCUUUGAACACUUCAGCUAUGGUUUUAAUUAAAAUUAAGGAUGAGAAUGACAAUGCACCUAUCUUCCCUCAGCCGGAAAUCCAACUUUCCAUACCAGAGAACAAUGACCCUUCGACACAGUUAAUAAAAAUUACUGCCACCGAUGCAGACAGUGGACAUAAUGCUGAAAUUAUUUAUACACUUGGCCCUGAUGCGCCUGAUGGAUUUAACAUAGACAGACGGUCAGGAAUCCUGUCUGUUGGUAAACGGCUGGACAGAGAGAAGCAGGAGAGGUACUCCUUUACUGUCAUAGCAAGGGACAAUGGCUCUAUGUCCCUGCAGAGCAAUGUCACUGUUAGGCUAAUUGUCCAGGACCUUAAUGACAACAGCCCAGCUUUCACACACCCCGAGUACAACUUCUACGUGCCUGAGAACCUGCCUCUCUAUGGAACUGUUGGCUUAAUCACAGUGACGGAUGCAGAUGCGGGAGAUAAUGCUGUUAUAACGCUGUCCAUUUUGAACGGGAAAGAUAAUUUCAUCAUUGACCCCCAAACUGGGGUGAUCAAGCCCAACAUCACCUUCGAUAGGGAACAGCAAAGCUCUUACACAUUUAUGGUAAAGGCUGUUGAUGGAGGGCAACCUCCCAGCUCCUCCUACGCCAAAGUCACCAUCAAUGUUGUCGAUGUCAAUGACAAUCGUCCCGUGUUUGUCAUCCCAUCCUCAAAUUACUCAUAUGAUUUGGUUCGGACCACCACCACCCCUGGCGCUGUGGUGACUAGAGUAUUUGCCAUCGACAAUGACACAGGUAUGAAUGCUGAGCUGCAGUACAGCAUCAUCAGCAGCAUCAUCAUCACGUCUAGGGUCUCCCCUCGAGGUCUCUUCACCAUUGACAAAAUGUCAGGCAACAUAACCCUGCAAGAGAAAAUAGUGGCAGCUGAUCAGGGGCUGCAUCGUCUGGUUGUUAAGGUCAAAGAUCUUGGCCAACCUGAGUCGCUGCAUGCCAUCGCACUUAUUCACCUCUUUGUAAAUGACACUGUGUCAAAUGCUACUUUCAUCCAAGAGCAGCUACGAAAAAGCAUGGAGACACCCUUGGACCGUAACAUAGGGGACAGUGAGGUGACGCCUCAAGCCAACGGAUAUGUGAUUGUUGUCAUAGCGAUUAUAGCAGGGACCAUGACUGUCAUUUUGGUGAUAUUUGUGACUGCCUUGGUGCGCUGCCGCCAGACACCCAGGCAUAAGGUGGUACAAAAGGGCAAGCAGAGUGGCGAGUGGGUGUCACCUAACCAAGAGAACCGUCAGAUUAAGAAAAAGAAGAAAAGAAAGAAGCGAUCCCCCAAGAGUCUCCUACUGAACUUUGUCACCAUUGAUGAAUCCAAGCCUGACGACCCGACCCACGAACAUGUCAACGGUACGCUGGAUCUCCCUGUGGAGUUAGAGGAGCAGACCAUGGGGAAGUACAACUGGGCCACCACACCCACCACCUUCAAACCUGACAGCCCUGAUUUAGCCAAGCAUUAUAAGUCUGCUUCCCCCCAGCCCACUUUUCAAAUCAAGCCGGAGACCCCAGUGGCCCCAAAGAAGCAUCAUGUGAUCCAGGAACUCCCAUUGGACAACACAUUCGUGGUGGGUUGCGACUCACUUUCCAAGUGCUCAUCAACUAGCUCCGACCCAUACAGCGUCUCAGACUGCAGCUGUCAGGGGGCAUUCAAGACUGCAGGGCAAAUCACCACCCGACAGGAGACGGCACUGAAACCACCACACUAUGGCACACUCUGUGGCACAGGUACAGCUCGCUCCCACAGGAUUAAAAUCAAUCUCUAGCUCUCGCUACCUAAAGAGAGAAAAAGAGAGAAAAGAGAGAGAGAGAGAGAGAGAGAGAGAGAGAGAGAGAGGGGCAGAGGGAGGAAAGAAGAAAGACAAGAGCUGACUUUACUGUCUCGACAGCAGCCUCAAAUCCCACCUCUUCAUAAAACAGAGAGAAAAGAUGAACUUGUAGCGAGGAGGGAUUGAAAAUAAAUAAAAAAAUAAGAGACACUUCAUGUUGCUUGGCUUAAACUUGACAAAGCUCCUCCUGUGAAUCUGUUGGAAAUUUAAAAUGCUUUAUUGAGUCCUCUACUAUUACUUACCUGUGUCAGCAAGGACCAUUUCCUUCUUGAAAAAUGUCCAACUACAGCACCCGUUCUGUAUAAUAGCAGUCAGUACACCUGUAAAGUAUGUUUAUAUGUAUCUAUGUAUAUCUAUCACAGAGUUGAUGUUGUUUAUAUAUUUAUUGAUUCAGUUUCUUCGCCUUUGUUGUGAAAGCUGCCCGGUGGCUGUUUUAUUUUCUUACUUUUUGAUUUUUUUUCUAUGAGUUGAUGUUGUAAUGUAUUUAUGCUGCAACGUCUACCACCAGUAGGCUUACAAUACUAUUGAGCCCACAUUGCGAUCUACCUUUCCUAUCCCACUUUGGAUGGGAUGGUGGCUAUGAAACGUAUGGACACACAACGCGACAACAUUUUGAGCGCUUUACAACUAAUCGUCACACCAGUAUUACACUCCGACAAAUGGUAGGACGAGUUUAAUACUUUGAGAUAAGCCACAAUCACAAGGGACUGACUGCUGGGGUUAUAAUCAAAAGCCGUUUAUGUAGGGCAGAUUUGAAGUGCACGAAGCCUAACCUUUUCUCUGUCGCUUUGUCCUAAAUCAGAAGUGAUUUGACCUGGCAGAUAUGUAUUAACAUGACUCCAGAUGGUAAAAGUAAAAUAAAAAUAUGUAACAAUUGUAAUCCUCAGGCAGUCUUUAAUAUGAGUUGGUGGAAUUACUUGAACUGUGCACGUAUUUACACUAAUUAAACACAUUUCUUUUUUAGAUGAAAAGUACAACAAGCACCAAAAUGAAAAGAUAAUCCAGGAAAUGAGUAACAAGAGCAAUAAAUUGACAUUUGACAGAAAAUCCACUUUGGUGCACUUUCAGUUUAAGCCUUGUUUCCGUGUCUUAUUGCCUCAGUGUUUCUCUACAUCUAUAGAAUAAUUAUGGUACGUCCUGGCUAGAGUGAAUUCUACAGUAUCACCAGUAAGUGGCUUGAUGGGUUAGCAGCAUUGUUGUUCAAUAGUCCUGUUAAUUGGUAAGCUAACUGACCGUUGCUUUGAUAGCUAAGACUUAAUAGGCACCUGCAGUACAUAGCCAUAGAAUUAGAAACAUUAAAAUGGACAUAGCCUGUGUAUUCAAUUGGAAAUGUACAGUCAUCCUGGAUCAUUGGCUGCUUCCUCACCAGACAGACGAUGAAGUACACACACUAUAACUCAAUUAAAUUUCUGGAUAAAACAGCAGACAUUUUUGAUUUGGUUCCAGUCUUGAUAUGUCAUGCUUCUGCAGACUUUGUCUAUUUUAAAACUUUUAAUUUUAUGUGUGUUGCCUUCAUGUGAGGCAGGUUGUUAUUACUGAAGGACGUAUAUUCAUGUAAUUAUGAUAUCAAAUGUGUUCACUACUGCGUAGGAGCAACAGUAUGAACUAUACAUAGCAUCCUAGCACUGUGUAAUGAUUAGAUUUGCCUGAUCUUUCGGGGAAAAGAAAAAAAAAAUAAGCCUCAUAAUUGGGGAAGGUUUUUUUGUCCUUGUAAGGGAGAGAAGACAACCUCACUUUUAUUCAAUGUGAAUUAAUAUGCACCUUACAUGAUCUUUGUAAAUGACUUUGAGUUGCCAGUGUGGACAAAAAUGUAAUUGUUUUUGUUUAUGUAUGUGUGUGCUUCUGAAAUUUAUUAAAGUCUUUUGCAUUGUAUUGCA